UGCCGGCCGGCCAUGCGUGCCGUGAAGUGUUGCUGCCCUGGCCUGCAGUCCACCUAUUAUUAAAUUAGGUCUAGCUUGUUAUACAUCACAGUACAUACUACAUGGAAGGUUUUUCUAUCUUUGCUGGGCCUGAAUCACAGGGUUUGUCCGACCAUGAAUUCAGUUCUGAUUUUGAGUAUAUACAAGCAAAUGUACGUGGUCAUGUACAGAUGGGAACAGAUCCCCAAGAAAUAGAGUACUGUGGAUGUUCCUGUCAAGUUCCAUCCUGUGGGCCAUCAUGUCCUUGUCUCAAGCGUUAUGGGCCAAACUACACUUUAUCUGGGAAGCUGCUUCAAAGUGAGAACAGACUACCUGAUCAAGCUUCAUGUGAUCCAUUUACAUCCUCAAAACCAAUUUUUGAAUGCAAUGCAUCUUGUAAGUGUGGUGAGAAUUGUGUAAAUCGCUUGGUCCAACGUGGCACCCAUCACAAAAUGGAAGUCUUUAAAACUCGUUACAAGGGUUGGGGUGUCCGUGUAUUAGAACCAAUAGAAGAAAAUGAGUUUGUGUGCGAGUAUGUUGGAGAAGUGUUGACGAAAGAGGAAGCAAAGGCAAGGAUGUCAAAUCUGAGAAAGGAUGACAUGAACUAUUUAUUUGUUCUCAGGGAAAACUAUGGAGAACACAGCAGAAUAGAAACUUUUAUUGAUGCACGACUGAAAGGUAACAUAGCAAGGUUUAUCAAUCAUUCCUGUGAACCUAAUUUAUUCUUGGUUGUCGUCCGUGUCCAUAAUGAAGUUCCCAGAGUGGCCAUGUUUGCAAGGAGAAACAUCAAGUUCGGUGAAGAAUUGAGUUAUAAAUACUGUUGGAAUGUAGAUAUACCAUGUGAUUCAGUGAAUGGGGAGACAACUGGUCAAAAUACAGAACUACAUGUAUCUUCAAAGCAUUGCAUGUGUGAAAGUCAUUCUUGCCAGAAAUAUCUCCCUAGUGAUUUGUCAAUAUACUGAACAUGUUUGUUGUCUUUUGGUUAUCUCACAUGAAAAUUUAGUUGAAACAUGUCAAUUUGUCUUUGAAGUAGGCUACAGCUCUAACUGGGAAUGAGCUUGUUUAGUUUCCAUUUUAUGUUUUUCAAUCGAUCUGCAAAGGUCAUCAGAAAUGUUCACACUUUUCAACAUCCAUACAUUGUUCAUUCCUCAUGUUGAGUAAAACAACAUGUAAACCCAGAUGUAUGUAGAACACCAGCUCUAGAAUCUGAUCUGUGGUUAUUUUUUAUUAGCAUUGCAUGGACUGUAAUAUAUAUAUAUAUAUAUAUUAUACAUGUAUAUUACAUGUUAAUGUGUACUCUUUGUCUUUUGUGUCUUCAUCUGUGUUCCAGAAGUCCAUCCAAGAUUUGAAAUGGCCCCUGGCUUGUAUAACAAAUAAAUAGAAGUAGUAACAAAGAGAUGGGAUUAUGAAAGAACAUUACUUUCCUGAACUGACAAGAAAGCUCAGUUGAUAGAGUCCUUGUCAAUGCUGUCAUGAAAGUUGGUGCACCAAGCUUAAAUCCAUCCUAGUCUUGACAGUGUGAUUUUCCUACAUUCUUUUCUCUGUUGACAUAAUUUUUUCUUCCUCGAAUUAUGUACGACUUGGUUUGAUUCCUCAUGGGAAAUGUAAAAUCACCAUUAUCAUGAUGGAAACAUAGUACUGUAUUUUGAAUUUUUGAGAUUAUUUCUUCAAAUUCACAAAAAUUUAAAGGAAAAUUACUCCUUAGCAAGUUAAAUCUAACAUAGCAAAUCAAAUUUAAUGGAUAAUAAACUUUUGAGUUUUGAUAAGCAUUUAAAUAUCGAGACCACCAAUGCCAAAAUUCAAUUUAAGUCCUCCCAUUUGCAAUGCGACAAAGAUCUGUGAGACUGAUGUCACAUAUAAAACUUUAUUUUCACUUACAUUUUCCCUUCUAUGUAGUCUAUCGCUAAAUUUGAUGAGUUUUUAGUGUUUGUUU